AUGCCUAAAAACAGCAAGGUAGUGAAGAGAGACCUAGAUGAUGAGGUCAUUGAGUCAGUUAAGGACCUCCUCUCUAACGAAGACUCUUCAGAUGAUGCCUUUAAGAAGAGUGAGCUGAUGGUUGGUGAUCAGGAAGAAAAAGAUGUGGAUGUUGAAGAAGGCUCAGAUGUGGAAGAUGAAAGACCUGCUUGGAAUAGCAAACUCCAGUAUAUUCUGGCACAAGUUGGAUUUUCGGUAGGAUUAGGGAAUGUGUGGCGAUUCCCAUAUCUGUGUCAGAAAAAUGGUGGAGGUGCCUAUCUUGUGCCAUACUUAAUCUUGCUACUGAUCAUAGGGAUUCCGCUCUUUUUCUUGGAGCUUUCUGUGGGGCAGAGAAUCCGCCGAGGGAGUAUCGGUGUAUGGAAUUAUAUCAGCCCUAAACUUGGAGGAAUUGGAUUUGCAAGCUGUGUAGUAUGCUUCUUUGUGGCUCUGUACUACAAUGUCAUUAUUGGAUGGAGUCUGUUUUACUUUUCCCAGUCUUUUCAGCAUCCGUUGCCAUGGGACCAGUGUCCUCUAGUAAAAAAUGCAUCCCAUACAUUUGUGGAGCCAGAGUGUGAAAAGAGUUCUGCGACAACCUAUUACUGGUACAGGGAAGCACUGAAUAUUUCCAGCUCUCUGUCAGAGAGUGGAGGUUUAAAUUGGAAGAUGACUAUCUGCCUGCUGGCUGCCUGGGUCAUGGUAUGCCUAGCCAUGAUCAAAGGCAUUCAGUCUUCUGGCAAAAUCAUGUACUUUAGUUCCCUUUUUCCUUAUGUGGUGCUCUUGUGCUUUCUGGUCAGAGGACUGCUCCUUAAUGGAUCAUUGGAUGGAAUUCGUCAUAUGUUCACACCUAAGCUUGAAAUUAUGCUGGAGCCCAAGGUCUGGAGAGAAGCUGCUACUCAGGUGUUCUUUGCCUUAGGGCUUGGAUUUGGUGGAGUCAUUGCCUUUUCAAGCUACAACAAGAGAGACAACAACUGCCAUUUUGAUGCUGUACUGGUGUCCUUCAUCAAUUUUUUCACUUCUGUGCUGGCAACCUUGGUGGUGUUUGCAGUUCUGGGCUUCAAAGCCAAUAUCAUAAAUGAGAAAUGUGUUAUCCAAAAUUCAGAGAAGAUUUUAAAACUUCUGAAAACAGGAAAUCUGAGCCAAGAUAUGAUCCCACAUCAUAUCAAUUUCUCAAGCAUUACAGCAGAAGAUUACAAUUUAGUUUAUGACAUUAUUCAGAAAGUUAAAGAAGAAGAGUUUGAUUCACUAGGCUUGAAAUCUUGUAAAAUUGAAGAUGAGCUUGACAAGGCUGUUCAAGGAACUGGUUUAGCUUUUAUUGCCUUUACAGAAGCAAUGACCCACUUUCCUGCUUCUCCCUUCUGGUCGGUCAUGUUCUUCCUUAUGUUGGUAAAUUUGGGACUUGGAAGUAUGUUUGGAACCAUUGAAGGCAUCAUCACACCCAUUGUUGAUACUUUCAAAAUUAGGAAAGAAAUUCUUACUGUCAUCUGCUGCUUGAUAGCAUUUUUUAUUGGCCUGAUCUUUGUGCAGCGCUCUGGAAAUUAUUUUGUCACGAUGUUUGAUGACUACUCAGCUACUCUGCCCCUGCUUAUUGUGGUCAUUUUGGAGAACAUUGCAGUUACCCGAAUUUAUGGAAUAGAAAAAUUCAUGGAGGAUCUGAAAGAUAUGCUUGGAUUUUCUCCAAGCCAGUAUUAUUACUACAUGUGGAAGUAUGUUUCACCUUUAGUAUUGUUAUGUUUGCUGGUAGCUAGUAUUGUCCAAAUGGGAUUAAGUCCUCCUGGCUACAAUGCAUGGAUUGAAGAUACGGCUACAGAAGAGUUCCACAGCUAUCCAACAUGGGGAAUGAUUGUCUGUAUAUCUCUGAUGGUAUUAGCCAUACUGCCAGUCCCAAUAGUCUUAAUAGUGCGCCGCUGCAACCUUAUUGAUGACAGCUCUGGUAGCUUGGCAUCUGUAUCCUACAAAAGAGGCCGAAUAAUAAAGGAGCCUGUUAAUCUGGAGGGAGAUAAUACAAGUCUAAUUCAUGGGAAGAGUCCAAGUGAAGUGCCAUCUCCGAACUUCGGGAAAAACAUAUAUCGAAAACAGUCUGGAUCACCAACUCUGGACACUGCUCCAAAUGGACGCUAUGGUAUCGGAUACUUAAUGGCAGAUAUGCCUGAUAUGCCAGAAUCUGACUUGUAA